AUGCUUGCGUACGCACGAGAACGCUUUCCACAGGCGACCUUCGUGAAGGAGGAUGUGGCGGAAUAUUUGGGCCCAGAUGGUCGUCGCUACGAUCGCGUGGUGUUCAAUGCCUGCUUCGGCAACCUGUUCGACCCACUGGCGGUGCUCCGGCACGUAAGUCGCAAUUUGCUUGCAGACGGCGGUCUCAUAGUGAUCAGCCACCCUUUGGGGAGAGACUGGCUGCGUGGAUUGCAGAAGCGGGAUCCCCAAAUGGUGUUGCAUGACCUUCCCGGACACGCGGAAGUGGAUCAGAUGCUAAAGGAGGUCCCGGAGCUCAGUGUAGAGCUUCUGGAAGAUGAGACGGACUACUACUGUCUCGUGCUGAGGUGGCCACUGUGCUCGCGCCUGGCUUCCGGCAUCCGCCUCACAGUUGAAGUGAACGCCCCUGAUACUGCGUCCCAGUGGCUCCUCUGCGACCUGAUGAAGAUCUAUCAGUAUUACUGGCUGGGCAAGGAUGCGGAGCCUGGCUUGCCCCGCUCUGCAGACCGGGUGCUGAGGCAAUCUUUCCUUGCCAUCAAGUCUGCGGGUUUGCAGAAGAAAAUCCUUGACUGCGUCACAAGUCUCUACAGGAGCGAAACGAAGCCGUACCUGGGCGAGGUGCAAAAACUGCUGCGCGUGGCAGCGACAACAAAGACAGACAAAGAUGAGGCUCGCUAUGUUGCAGCCGUUUGUGCCUUGAAGCCUGAGCUCUUCCUGUUGGUUCCACCAUUUUGUGGCAACCCUCCAUGCAUCCUACUUCGUGAUCCACCAACAGGCUUCGAGUUGUGGUACGAGAAGUUGCCUCAGCGCUGCUCUCAAACGCCCGAAGAGGAAGCCAUGAGGAACCUGCGGGAAUCAAUUUCGGCUGGUCGGCUUUCCACGAUGCGGAAGGUGAUCGACGAACUAUACGCAGACAGGAUCGAGCCGACUCUCAACGAGGUCCAGGAGCGGCUGCGCGACCGUGGAUGGAGCUACUCCGAUGCGCAGCAAGCCGUCCUCCUCUAUGCAUGUCAGAAGGACACUUACGACCUGACAAAGCCCACGCAAAACAAACAGAUCGUUGUGCUCUUGAAGGAGCCACCUCGAAGCUUCGCCGGGUGGGCAGAAGGUGCCGGCAUCAUUCCCAAGGUUUCUACAACGAUGGAAUCCGGAUUCAAAUCACUGCUGGCGGCAGGCCGUGCACCUGCGCUCCGCGGAGGUGUUGCUGGUGCUGCGCAGGCGCUGCAAAACAUCAGUCCGCAGGGCAGUCUCGGUGAGCUGCGGGCCCUGCUCCGCGUCUUCAUCCUCCGAGGCCUCCUGGAAUACCGGGAUGACGAACUGGUGCCCACAGUUGUGCUACUCAAGGAUCUGGACACCCUGCGGCAGGCACCACCUCGCACACCUGAGAGGAAGAAGAGUCCUGGGCGAAUCUAUUCGCAGAUUUGA